AUGUCGGAUUUUGUGCCAGAAACCGAAGAAAACGAAGAAGAACCGAUGAAUGUAGACCUGGAACCGAAAAUUGCGCAAAAAGCAGGAAAGGAACCGGUCGUGGUUGAUCAAAGUUUUUCCCGUCGAUUUAUAAACAACAAAUGGUACGGAAAGUACGGAGAAGAGGGAGAACUUCUGGAGCAUAUCAAAGAAGAUUGGAUACCAGUGGCUGAGGAUGAGCAAGAAUUUUUGAGUCAAUUAUGGUUCGAACAAGAAGAACAAGAGAGAAAUGCUCACAAACACUACGAUUGGGAUGAAGAAAAGAAAGAAUGGGUCCCAAAAACCAAUAAAACAGAAGAAGUGAACGAGGAUUUUAUUGCAGAAUAUCAAGCAAACUAUGGUGUCCAAUAUGAUGAUAUUUACAAGAAAAUGGACGAAGAACUACAAGAAAAAGCAGCAAAAGCACUGAAAGAAGAGGAAGAGAAAAAAGAGAAAAAGAGGAAGAAGAAGCAAAAACUGCAUACAGAAGAAGCGAAGAACGAAGGAUGGGUUGAUUUCGGAGAUAAAGUUCAUGCUGUAUAUGUUUCGAAUCUUCCAUUAGACAUAACUGAUGAAGAAUUUCAAGAGUUUAUGUCGAAAUGCGGAGUUAUUCAACCAGAUAUUCGCACAAAUAAACCGAAAUGUAAACUGUAUCGUAAUGAGGAAGGAGAUUUAAAAGGAGAUGGACGAUGCUGUUAUAUUAAGAAAGAAUCCAUUGAGUUGGCUUGUAAUAUUCUUGACGGAUCACUUCUGAAAAAUAAGGAAGUUAAAGUUGAAGAAGCUCAUUUCGAAUUGAAAGGAGACUUUGAUCCAUCAAAAAAACGAAGGAAAUUGACAGCGGCUCAAAAGAAAAGAUAUAUGGAACAACAAAAUAAGCUCUUCGAAUGGACGCCCGAUAAGCCACGUAACUAUCGUCCAAAGUCAGAUUGCACUGUCAUCGUGAAAAAUCUGUUCACUCUGGAAAUGAUGUCAAAGAAUGCUGCAUUGAUGCUUGAUCUGAAAGAGGAGAUGACACAAAGCUGUCAGAAAUACGGGACUGUCAAAAAAGUUGUUGUAUAUGAUAAUCAUCCCGACGGCGUCGUUUCGGUUACGUUCCCAACAACGGAGGAAUCCGAUAUGGCUGUGAAAUAUUUGAAUGGGAGAGUUGUAGAUGGAAGAAAACUGACAGCAGAAUUAUGGGAUGGAAAGACGAAAUACAAGAUUCAGGAAACCGAAGAAGAUGAGGAAAGGAGAAGGAAAGAGUUCGAGAAGUUUAUCGAAGGAGGUGGAAAUCCUGAUGAUAUGAAUGAAGAAGAAGAAGAAGAUGAUGAAGAUGAUGAUGAUGAUGAAGAAUGA